AUGAUUGACAUCAAGGAUCCAGCUUCCGACAAGGAUGAAGUGCAAUCAAUGAGCGGAGGAAAUGUCGGAGAUUGCGAGAUAUACACAGCUGAAGAGGAGAAGGCAGUUUUAAGGAAAAUAGAUCUGGUGAUAUUACCAUUUAUGUGCUUUGUGUUUUUCUUACAAUACCUGGAUAAGCAAAGUCUGAGCUAUGCAGCUGUAUUCGGCCUCAAAGAAGACCUAAAUUUGACCAGCUCAGAAUAUUCUUGGACCAGCUCUAUAUUCUAUGUUGGACAACUGGUCUCCGAAUGGCCCUUCAUAUAUCUCAUGAGUCGAUUUCCAUUGACCAAGUUUGUUGGCAUCACAGUCAUGAUAUGGGGCGUUAUUUGUAUGUGUCUCGCAGCGCCAAAGAACUUUGCUGGAUUCGCCGCUGUGAGAUUUCUAUUGGGUUUCAGCGAGGGCGCUGUAUCUCCAGCUUUUGUCACAAUAACCAGCAUAUGGUAUCGCAAGCAAGAACAUACUACACGAACUGCUCUAUGGAUAACCAUGAAUGGAAUAGCUCAAGUAACUGGGUGUCUACUCAUGUAUGGCAUAGGCAAGAACACAUCAAUCACGAUCCAGCCAUGGAGAGUCCUAUUCCUCAUCUGUGGAGCAAUGACUGUGUUAGCCGGUAUUGGAUUCUUUGUUUUGAUGCCUAAUGGACCUAACGAUGCAUGGUUCCUCAAUGAGAGAGAAAGAGUAGUCUUGUCACUUCGUCUAGCCAAAGAUCGCGAGGGAGGUGACAAGACUGCUUUCUCGAUCGCACAACUCAAAGAAGCAUUGAUGGAUCCCAAGGCGUGGGUUGUCUUUUGGUUCGGUGUGCUGGUCACAAUGCAGUCUCCAGUCCUGACAUUCGCAUCUCUUGUUAUCGAGUCGAUUGGAUAUUCCGAACUCGAAACAAUCCUCUAUACUGCACCUUCAGGCGCUGUCCAAAUUCUGCUCCUCUGGAUUGGAACCUUGCUGGCUUAUAUUUUUCCCAAGCAAAGAGCAUUGAUCACUUUGGCAUUAAUUAUUCCACCAUUCAUUGGAACGAUCUUCCUACUGAAGCUCACUGUCAGCGCCCAGUGGGGUUUAAUUGUGGCUUCAUGGCUGGCUUCUUGUAUAACAGCGAGCAUGUCUAUCUUGCUGUCGCUUUCUGCUUCCAACUUCAAGGGCAAUACUAAGCGUGCGGUCGUCAACACUAUGUUCUUUAUCGGUUAUUGUGCCGGCUGUAUAGGCUCGGCGCAGCUGUGGACAAAGAGUCCUCGGUAUACAGAAGGAGUGAUCACAUCUAUUGUGACAUGGUGUUUGCUAUUUGUGGCCGUGAUCAUAUAUCGCAUUCUAUGUGCGCGCGAUAACAGGGCUCGCGAUAUUUUGGCAGAUUCAGGGGCUGAAGAUGGAGCCCAAGAGGUCGAAGCUGGUCAGAAUGGCCUACUUGAGACUGAUCUUACUGAUAAAACAGAUAGAACCUUCCGUUACGCACUUUGA